AUGUCUGCAAUUUAUGACAACUGGGAGAGGCUUGUUGAUGCUGUUCUGAAGAAACAACAGCUAUGGCAGCUUUUUCACGAUCAUUCGAGGAGCCCCAGCGUCCUUUCCGAAGCUUCGGAUCUUAGCUCUAGCUUCAACUCGAUGCCCUCACUUCGGAUUCCAAAGCUGGUUUUUGUUUCGGAUUUCACUCAAUCAAUCAAUUUCGAGCAUGGGCAGCUGGCCUCUUCUGAGUUUCUCGGCAGGGGAACCUUCGGGAGCGUUUAUGUUGCUACAAUGGGCAACGGGGUAAGAAUCGUGGUCAAGAGACUCGACCUGACGAGUGUUUCACAAAAGGAGUUCAAUCGACAGAUGGAGAUUGUUGGAGGCGUUAGGCACGCGAACGUGGUUUCAUUGCGGGCUUACUACUGUUCGGGAGAUGAAAGGCUCAUGCUUUAUGAUUAUUACGGUUGGGGGAGCGUAUAUUCGCUCUUACAUGGAAGAAAUGGUGAACCUCGUGCUAACGUGGACUGGGAAAGCAGGCUAAAAAUCGCGAUUGGUGCAGCUCGGGGUAUUGCUGAAAUACAUAAACAUAAUGGUGGGAAACUUGUCCAUGGAAACGUAAAAUCGACAAAUGUUUUUCGCAAUCCUGACCAGUAUGGCUGCGUAUCAGAUCUCGGUCCGACUAGCUUGAUACAAACAGCAUUCGUGCCAACUGCAUAUUACUAUGCUCCUAAAGUAAAGAGUUCCAAGAAUGUGUCCCAAGCAUCAGAUGUAUAUAGCUUCGGGAUUAUGUUACUUGAACUUCUCACUAGAAAGCCCAGCGUUCAUUUCCUUGGUGGUCCGAAGGCUGUUGACCUAGUCAAAAUGGUUACUUCCACAAGGAACAAGAUUAGGGCUGCUAAUGUAUUUGAUGCAGAUCUGUUGAAGCAACCCCCCAUAAAAGAGCAGAUGGUUAAAACAUUACAAAUAGGAAUGAAAUGUAUUGAGAAGUCGAUGGAGAAGAGACCUAGGAUGUCUGAAGUAGUGAAGAUGUUAGAGGAAAUUAGUUCCUCGUACCCCCCCAUAAGUGAUGCUCCUGUGGCAAGAAAACUUGUAUCUAUUGAGGAUCCUAACCCCACAUUUAAUCUUGAGGAUCUGCUUAGGCCUUCUGCUGAGGUUCUUGUGAAAGGAACAUUUGGGAUUUCUUCCUUGAUAAGCUUGGAACCUGGAAACAAAAUUGUGGUUAAGAGAAUGAAGGGCGUUGUUCUUUCGUUUAAUGAUUUUCAGCAACAUAUGAAUAUCAUUGGAAGAAUGGGGCACAAAAAUGUUGCUGCAGUGAGGGCCUUCUACUAUUCGACAGAUGAAACACUCUUGGUUUAUGAUCACUAUGUUCAGGGCAGUUUAUCUGUUGCGCUGCAUGGGAAACGAGGAACUGAUAAGACACAUCUACCCUGGAAGAGUAAGACACGUCUAGACUGGAAGAGCCGCAUGAAAAUUGCAGUGGAUGCAGCCAGGGGUAUCGCUCACAUCCAUAGUCAAGAUGGCCGGAAACUCGUUCAUGGAAACAUUAAAUCCUCAAACAUCUUCCUUAAUGGACAAGAACAUGGUGUAGUAUCCGAUGUUGGUCUGGCAAAGCUGGUGAGUCCCGUCAGUAGAUCAGUUAUGCCAACUCCAGGCUAUUGCGCCCCCGAACUUAUAGACACGGGAAAGGUGUCCCAAUCUUCUGAUGUCUACAGCUUUGGAGUUCUGUUGCUUGAACUUAUCACCGGAAAAAAAACAUCUCUAAGCUUAAAUCAAUACCCCCGAAGAUGGAUUGGAACCGACGGUAGGGAUGAAUCCAAGACUUUGUCGCUGGUUGACUGGGUUAUAUACAUUAGUCGUGUAGAGUGGAUUGGCGACGUGUUUGAUUUUGAGCUUACGACCAGCUAUCAAAAUGAUGUGAAAGCAAUGGAGCAGACUGUACAAAUAGCAAUGGGAUGUGUUAGCACUGUCCCUGAACGCAGGCCUAGGAUGUCUGAAGUAGUGAAGAUGUUAGAGGAAAUUAGUUCUGAAGGUUCAUGGGAGAAACCAACCAUAGAUUCGAAAUUGGAAGAUCUAUUGGAGGAUCUGUUGCCCACUCUUGCACGAUAA